GUCUAUCGGCCUCCAAAGUAUAAUAAGGACUUUUUAAAUGACUUUUCUAUUUUCCUGGCUGAAAUCAUGCCUAGAUAUGACCGUGUACUUAUUGUAGGGGAUUUUAAUGUUCACGUGUGUUGUCCUGAAAAGCCUAUGGCAAAGGACUUUUUGAACCUCAUUGAUUCAUUUAGUCUUGUACAAUCUGUGUCAGGACCCACACAAGAGCAUGGUCACACGCUUGAUCUUGUCCUAUCAUAUGGUUUGCCCGUUUCUAAUCUAGUGAUUUGUGAUGCCGUGUUUUCCGACCAUAUGCCUGUGUUAUUUGAGGUUAUUAUUGCACCUACUGCAGUUCGACCUCGCGCUCCUGCUCGGCACUGUCGUGUUGUUAGCCCUUCCACUGCUGUUCAGUUCUCGGCUGCUUUUGCUCUGAACUCCAUCGUUCCUGAGUCUGUGUGUGAUACAGAGGAGCUUAGCUCAUGGCUUCACUCCACCUGCCAGACUGUUUUGGACACUGUGGCUCCAUUGAAGUUCAGGCAGCCUAAAACUAAAUUUGAGCCCUGGAUGAAUGGCACGAUUCGUGCUGUCAGGCGCGAGUGUCGUAGAGCUGAGCGGAAGUGGAAGAAAGACAAACUGCAGGUGUCAUUUCAAAUGUUGAGGGAGAGUUGGUGCCAUUAUCAGAAAGUUGUGAAAGCUGCUAAGAGGAAACAUUUCUCAGGUCAGAUGAUCAGCUGCUCCUGAUUGAGCCAAAGACUAAGCGGAAGCUCAGAGGGGACCGUGCCUUUGCUGUGUCGGCUCCGAGAUUGUGGAAUGAAUUGCCUCUGCACGUUAAACAGGCCCCUUCUCUAGCUGUUUUUAAAUCACUCCUGAAGACAUAUCUAUUCUCCAUGGCCUUUGUAGACCAGUGAGGUGUCGAAUUGUUUUUUAACUUUAUUUGCUUGGUUUUGCUGCGUUGUUUGUACUUGUGUUUUAUGUUUUUUAAUUUAUUGUUUGGAUUUUUGUAUGUAAUUUAUGCGCCUCGUGUUAGUUAUAUGUUCUGUUGUUCUGCCUGUUUUAUGAUGUCUUGCUUGUUUUCUUUUUUCUGUACAGCACUUUGGUCAGCUUUGGUUGUUUUUAAGGUGCUUAACAAAUAAAGUUAUUAUUA